UGUCAGCUGUAUGGACCUCUUCACUGAGAAUAUAAAUAUUUCAUUCCCGUUCUAGAUGGGAAAUCAGAUUCACAAUCUAACGUGCUGUCUCUCUUUUUAGUGCCAAUUCACAGCUGACGUCAGAAAUAAACUCUGAUUUUUACAUGGAAUUUUAAAAGUUGAAGUGAAGCAAACAUAGUUUGUGGCGCACACAGGAUUAUAAAUAACAUAAAGUUUACUUUUGUCCUCCAGGUAAAGCCACUUCAAGCGAUCAUACCACAUGUGGCUGGCCAACCAGACCCUGAGUGGUGACUUUUUCCUGUUGGGAAUCUUUAGCCAGAUCUCACACCCUGGCCGCCUCUGUUUGCUUAUCUUCAGUAUAUUUUUGAUGGCUGUGACUUGGAAUAUUACAUUGAUACUUCUGAUCCACAUUGACUCCUCUCUGCAUACUCCCAUGUACUUCUUUAUAAACCAGCUCUCCCUCAUAGACUUGACAUAUAUUUCUGUCACUGUCCCCAAAAUGCUGGUGAACCAGCUGGCCAAAGAGAAGACCAUCUCGGUCCUUGGGUGUGGGACCCAGAUGUACUUCUACCUGCAGUUGGGAGGUGCAGAGUACUGCCUUCUAGCUGCCAUGGCCUAUGACCGCUACGUGGCCAUCUGUCAUCCUCUCCGUUACACUGUGCUCAUGAGCCAGAAGGUAUGUCUCCUCCUGGCAUCAGGUUGCUGGUUCGUGGGCUCAGUGGAUGGCUUCAUGCUCACUCCCAUCACCAUGACCUUCCCCUUCUGCAGAUCCCAUGAGAUUCACCACUUCUUCUGUGAGGUCCCUGCUGUUUUGAAGCUCUCUUGCUCAGACACCUCACUUUACAAGAUUUUCAUGUACUUGUGCUGUGUCGUCAUGCUCUUGAUCCCUGUGACAGUCAUUUCGGUGUCUUACUACUUUAUCAUCCUCACCAUCCAUAAGAUGAACUCAGCUGAGGGUCGGAAGAAGGCCUUCACCACCUGCUCCUCCCACAUGACAGUGGUCAGCCUCUUCCAUGGAGCUGCUAUUUACAACUAGAUGCUCCCCAGCUCCCACCACACCCCGGAGAAAGAUAUGAUGGUGUCCUUUUUCUACACUAUCCUUACACUUGUGUUGAAUCCUAUCAUUUACAGUUUCAGGAAUAAGGAUGUCACAGGGGCUUUGAAAAAAAUGCUAAGAAUGCAGAAAGCUCCAUAUUAAAGUGUGAAAGAACUUAAGUUGGUCCUCUCUUCUUAGGGUCUCUCUCUUCACUUUAGGUGUCCUUCCUAUAAACAAUCAGCACAUCAUGGUAGUGUCUGGCUCCCUGAGUUGCCAUUCAGGGGGUUUCAGCCCACUGUUCUUCUCUCCUAUAAUCACACUUGAGAUGAUGUUCACUUAUCCCCCUCUUCCCUCAUAGCACUGAUCUCUAGUCCAGUCCUUCUGGGCCAAUAGUCCUUUUUUAGAUUGCAGUUGAUAAAUAUGAAAAGAAAUGUGUUUAUGACCCUUGAGCACCUUGUACCAAAGAGAAAAUUUGUUUUGAUAUCAUGGGCUCAUUGAGUAUGAAAUAACACCAUAUUCAGAUUGUUCCUCAGCAUCUACUCUUUGCUAAACACUUGUCAUUCACCACCUCAUUUGACCCUCACCCUCUGUGGUUGAAGCUAAGGUCAUCCACAUUUCACAAGUGAUAAAACAGCCUUCGAGGCUUCCCCUGACUUGCCCCAAGCAGGAGAUCCUCAGGGGAAGGAGGUUCAUUCAUCUAUAGGCAUUUGGGUCUAAACACAUUCAAGACCUCAGAGAUGCUAAAUGUACAGUUGAGAUUUUUCUUCCAUCAGAAUUUUUAGAAUGUGUUCUCAAUCAAGUUAUUUUCUUUGAGCAUAUAAAAAGUCCAACCUCAAAUUAGACCAGAGACAUGGGCUAUACAGAACACAUUUGUUUGGAGUAGAAUUGGUUCAUUCAUAGACUUCCUUAACCAGAGAACUAUGGAAGUAUCUGACACUUCUCCCUGUUCAAGCCAAUGGUGACACAUACUUAGAAUAUAAUUUCAAAUCAGUUUUAUGUAUGUGCAUGGUUGUAUUUGUAUUAAUUUAUUUAACAAAUAACAAUUAUAACCUCUUGCGUGAUUAUCACGAUCUGGCACCAUUUUUAGUGUGUGACAUGGAUGGAACACUUUUAUUUUCACAGCCUAUUAUUAGCCUUAUUCUAGUUGAUUUAACUGAGAUUCCGUGGGUUCGAGAAACUUGAACAAGGGUAUGCAGCUUAUAAAGUGCUCAACAGGGAUUUAAGCCCAGGCAAGCAGGCUGGAGUCCCUGCCCCUGACCACUGUAUGUGCCACCUCUUGUGGAGUCUGUGGCCUUUUCCACACUGCGUUGCCUCUCCAUCUGGGAGGGCCAUACUCCAAUGCUGGAAACACUAUAGUUCUUUCCAUGCCCUAUGUUUUCACAUAGCUUUCCCUCUCUUCGGAAUGUUCUUUUUCAUCUGUAAGUACAAGGAUACAAAGAUAACUUUCCAUGACUCUGUUAUCUUCCUUUAGGCCCCAAGUCAUUCAUUCAUUCAUUCAACAAGUAACUACUGACCCCCCUAUAGUUUGCCAGGCCCUGUUCUACAAACUGAGGUUAUAUCAAUGAGCAAAACAAAGAAAAAUCUUCAUCUUUUCAGCACUUAAAGGGUAUAUACAGAAUAUAAAUUUGGUAAUUGAGAAGAAUACAUGGAGUAUUAUCAGAAAAGUGCAUACACGGGGGCUCCAGUGGCCGCGAUGUGUAGGCAUCUUCCGCCUGCUUGGUGUCCUCAUCCUCCUCCUGGGGCUACAGCGGCG